AUGAAGAAUACAUUGGUGUGUGCCCUUGUCGACUUCUCUGCAGAAAUCGAUACACGCGACAUGGCAUACACAUCCCGUUCACAAGGAUGGAUGCAGACAAAGAUUCAACAAUUAUCAGCCGGUGAGUAUAAUAUGCAGUUGUUGCAAAGAUAUGGAAAUAAGAGCCAAGUAAUACUUAAAAAAUUUCCUUGAGACCCAACGUGGAUUUCGAUCAAUUUACUUCAAUUUAACCAAUAUGCUCUAAUAAAUGGAACAGUGGCCUCGCUCUUUACACGGAAGCACAAUUGUCAAACUCGUUUACACCUUCUUCUAAAAAGUGUGGAUGCUGGCAUCUAAAGUGUGGUCACUUCCUCGAUUACCAAACAACCCGUUCGACAGCAGUUUUCAUCUCCUGCACCGUCCAAACUGUCGGUGAACACCAUUCCUGUAUUUACACCUCAGGAGUAGUUUUCCCUGCUAGCACGACCUCUGCCUUAUCUUUCCUUUGCAUAAUUGCUAGCUGGCAUUUCAUACGAUCAUUUAACUGUUAGUAUUAUGAGUAGUAGUAGUGGUAGUAGGGGUAAAAGUAGUAGUAGUAGUAGUAGUAGUAGUGGUAGUAGAGGUAGUAGUAGUAGUAGUAGUAGUAGUGGUAGUCGUGGUGGUAGUAGUAGUAGUAGUAUUACUAGUAGUAGUAGUAGUAGUUGUUGUUGUAGAGUAGUAGUAGUAGUAGUAGUAUUAGUAGUAGAAGAAGUAGUAGUAGUAGUUGUUGUAGUUGUAGUAGUAGUAGUAGUAGUAGUAGUAGUAGUAGUAGUAGCAGUAGUAGUCUGCCAUUAUCACACCCAACUGAUUGUUUCCGUGCCUAGGCCCCGAAAUUUCAAAAAAAAAUGUUAUGCAAAAUGCGCAAGUUGUUUGCAAUAUUUUAGUGGCAUAUUAUUAGACGUCAUGUUGUAUGUACCAUUUCCAAUAGAGACUUCCUCUAUAAAUACAAAGAGUCAUAUUUAACUGUGUUUGCUUGCUUUGUUUGCAGGCCUUGCUUUCUCAUACUGACACUAUGGAGUUUUGUAUAUUGCGAUGCAGUGGGACGAUUUCGCGUUCUCGUAGAUUUCUUUCUUCCGUCCGAUCCUUAUUAAUACUUAUUAUAGUAGACGAAGUUUCUUCUUUCUAAAGCGCUAAUGCAGUUUAUUAGGCCGUAUAUAAAUCUAUUUUAUUUAUUUUCUAAAGUCCUGACAUUGCACGCUUUUUCAUUUUACGUGAAUGCCCCGCGACCCCCUGGAAUUAUUUUAUUUAAAACAAUGCCACUCAAGUGAAUCAAGUGCUGUUUUAAUAGCGGCGAUUUUCAUUGUUCCUGUGCAGUUGCAUCUAACGAGGUGACAUGUGAUCAAUGAGGGUUUCGAAGGCCGUGCCUAAUAUCCUUAACAAAUAGACUAAAAAUGAUCUGUUUUUUCGUUUUGACAUUUUUCUUCCGUUUCCACGACCAGGUGAUGUUGCGGCUGGUUUUAUACUCUUUUGGAUUCAACUACAAAAUAGCCGAUGCCAAACGCCUGUCUUCCCGUAGCAAAUAUCCACCAAUCGAGAUUGAUUCAAUAUUUGCCCACAGAGAUCAUGUUUCUGCGUAUUUAAAAAGUGAUAUUUUUACAUUGUCAUGAUCUUACCCACACAAACCUUAGAACGAGUCCCCAUUCUUACAUAAACCCUGGUUGUCUCAGUCAAAUGUUUACGAAUUCAGUCAUAUUCCAGGUAACCGUGAAAAAGGAGUCAACCAUACUUCUUUAAAAUCCGACUAACUGCUCACCUUACUUUUAUACCUCUCUUCACUGUCUUUGUCUGCAUUUAAAUUAUCAUCAACCCAAGUUGUCAUCCCAAAGCCGCCUUAUAGCUCUCCUAGGAUGCGCAAAAAUCUGUCUAAAUUAGUUUGACCGGUAGCUUCCACACUUUAUCAGGGUCGUCGAGUUAUCCAUAUAAGUCAACUGUGAUAUGGCGUCAGGAUUAUAUGAUCCAAAAACUGAAUCCGACUAUGAUCCAAAUAAAAAACCGACGUAACGUUUUUUGUGGUAUGCUUCUUUCUCUUAGGUUUACUAAGCGUUUAAAGUCGAGGUCAUCUAAACGCCUCGUAGUUCCAAUUACACCCCCAAAUAAGUAUGUAUUGCAUACCGGCUACUCACCCAAACCCUACUAUCUUGCCUACAAAUAGCGCCUAUAUGAAUCGCCCUAAGUCAUUCAUCACUCAACCUAUUUCUUGCUACCCACCAGCUAAGGUCAAUAAUCCUCACGUGCGUCAUCCCAAAUUCCUUUAAUUCCAACCCAGACCCCGGUUACCACCAUUUAAUUAUUAUAGUUGCCUGUCCUCCCACCGGCAGUCUCUACAUUCCAUAUAGGCUCCGUCUUCUCCUACUCCUCUACGUCCUCACUGCGACUGAUUACAACUGUCCAGACAUCGAGUGGGAUUUGAUGCACUGCACACGAUCAAAAAAAUUCCUUCGAGCAGAAAUUUAUUUCAUUGAUUACAACUGAGUUCUUUAUAUAGCAUGUUAAAAUGGACACUUGAUUCACAGAUGGGCAGCACUCCAGUUGUUUGGGCUUCAGCAUCACUCGGGAUGAUAGUUGUAUUCUCGAAUUGGAACCGCACACGCCCCUUGGCCAAAGGGACAACUGCGUUCUUAGUUGGGAGUAUUUAGUCUUCUUCUUCCUCCUCCUCCUCCUCCUCCUUCUCCUCCUCCUCCUCCUCCUCCUUCUCCUUCUCUACUCCUCCCACUCCUCCUCCUCCUCCUCCUCCUCCUCCUUACGUCGACUGAGUUAA